AUGUCUCCUCCCGCUGCCAUCUUCGAGCCCACCGUGGUCCCCACUGGCAUCAAGUCCAACGUGGUGGUCCCGGAGGCCGCUCCCGUCACUGGCUCUUCCCAGACCCAGCUGCUUGACCACUUCGCUGGCAAGUGGGACAACUUCAAGUUCGCUCCCAUCCGUGAGAGCCAGGUCUCGCGUGCUAUGACCAGACGCUACUUCCAGGAUCUGGACAAGUACGCUGAGAGUGACAUUGUCAUUGUGGGUGCUGGUUCUUGCGGUUUGAGUACCGCGUAUGUUCUGGCCAAGGCCCGUCCGGACUUGAAGAUUGCCAUUGUCGAGGCCAAUGUCUCUCCUGGUGGUGGUGCCUGGCUCGGUGGCCAGCUCUUCUCCGCCAUGGUCAUGCGUCGUCCCGCCGAGGUCUUCCUGAACGAGCUGGGCGUGCCCUACGAGGAAGACCUUGCGAACCCCAACUACGUCGUGGUGAAGCACGCCUCGCUGUUCACCUCGACCCUGUUGUCCAAGGUUCUCUCCUUCCCCAACGUCAAGCUCUUCAACGCCACCAGCGUGGAAGACCUGAUCACCCGCCCCGCUGCCAGCGGCGACCCCAAGGAUGUCCGCAUCGCCGGUGUGGUCACCAACUGGACCCUGGUCACUCUUCACCACGACGACCACUCCUGCAUGGACCCCAACACCAUCAACGCCCCCGUGAUCAUCAGUACCACCGGCCACGACGGUCCCUUCGGUGCCUUCUCAGCCAAGAGACUCGUCUCCAUGAACAGCGUCGACAAGCUGGGCGGUAUGCGCGGCCUCGACAUGAAUUCGGCCGAGGACGCCAUCGUCAAGAACACCCGUGAGGUCACCAAGGGUUUGAUCAUCGGUGGUAUGGAGCUGUCGGAGAUCGAUGGCUUCAACCGCAUGGGUCCUACCUUUGGUGCUAUGGUCCUGAGUGGUGUCAAGGCUGCCGAGGAGGCGCUGCAGAUCUUUGACGAGCGUAAGCGCGAGUGCGCUGAGUAA